AUGACCGACAAGAACGCGCUAGGCGCAGCCUCCAAUGCGAAGGCGAGGGCUGAUGCAGGGAAGGAUACCAGCGUCAAGGACUCACAAAUAUCUGCGGCCAAGGCCGAAACGACCGGCUCGGGGAGUCACUCCAGUCCCAAAAAGCGCCGCAAGGUGAAUCACGCUGACUCUGAUUUCAUGAAGGAACGACCCUGCACUCGGUGUAUAAAACGAAACAUCGGACACUUGUGUCAUGACGAACCGCGAGAAGCUGCGAAGCGCGGACGUGGUGAGCACGAAAACUCGGCUGCAGACGAAGAAGGCUCGUCGAACAAUGAACUGGGCAACGUUCAAGGCAUGCCCAGGAGUGUUGACGUCGAUGCUGCUGGCCAGCAACAAUUCCCAGACAAUACCAUCGGAAUCGCACCCUCGGCUGUGAACUCGGGAAGUGUGCCCCCGGCCAAUCUAACCGCGUCUGGUCAAAAUCUGGAAGGCAAUAAUCUUCUGCAAUAUAACGAUUGGGUAGGUGGUCAGAACCAAUUCCAAGAAAUGCAUUCUCUCCACCCGUCAUACAUGUUCAAUGCACAUGAGGUUACCAACGAGUACAAUCUACUCGGAGACUUCCUCAGCAACAGUCUGCUCGACGACGGGGCGAUGUAUCCAAACCAGGAUAUGCAGGGUGUGUACUCCGAUCCAUCCUUGAUGAACUCAAUGAACGGCAUGGCGAUGUCCAAUGGCUUGCCCCCACCCGCACAGCUUCCACCACCGGCUCAAAACCAACCACCAACUGGCGAUUCAAUGCAGCAACCCCCAACUAUGGGCAAUGACAAAGCCCGGGAAACAUAUUACAUGACUGCCGCCGACCCGGCAGGAACUGAUCCGCCCGAAGAACGGAUGAACAAGCUCCUCAAAGCAAAAUACGACGCCGGUCUCUUGAAACCCUUCAACUACGUCAAGGGAUAUGCAAGGUUGAAUCAGUAUAUGGAAAAGAACAUGCAGCAAAUAUCCCGGCAAAAGAUUCUCCGACAACUUGACAAGUUCCGGCCUAAGUUCCGAGAACGCAUGCAGAGCCUUACUGACAUCGAGCUUAUCCUCGUGGAGAUGUGGUUUGAGCGUAGCCUUAUGGAAUACGACCGUGUGUUCGCCAGUAUGGCCAUUCCCGCCUGCUGCUGGCGUCGAACGGGCGAGAUCUUCCGAGGCAACAAUGAGAUGGCACAACUCAUUGAUGUUCCAGUAGAGGGAUUACGAGACGGCAAGCUUGCUAUCCACGAGAUCAUCGUUGAAGAUCAGCUAGUGAGCUAUUGGGAGAAGUUUGGCGCCAUUGCCUUCGACAACACCCAAAAGGCAAUGCUCACCAGUUGUACUUUGAAGAGUCCCAAUCCCAACUCAAGCAGUGAUGGGAUUACUUGUUGUUUCUCAUUCACCAUCAGAAGGGAUAACCACAACAUCCCAUCACUUAUCGUUGGUAACUUUUUGCCCAUCGACAAAUAA